GGGAAGGGACUAAGGGGGGCGUUGAGAUAAGAGGCAAGAGGAGGGAGGAGGAAUGAGGGUGCUGGUGGCAGGGGACUUCAGCAGGAGGAUAUAUAAGCAAGGGACGAGGCUGCCUGCUGCUCACUCGCUCGCUCCUGCUCGUCGGGAUUAGACCAGUUCCCCGGUCCACCACUUCUCCAGGAAAGAUCACAACCCGCACAGACCACGAUGGCGGGCGAUCAGAAUGUGGUCUUGGACUUGUUCGAGCACCCCUACUCAAAGAAGGGACCGCCCAGAACAGCAGCCGAGGUCACUGCUGAUGGUGACUCCAAGAUCCGAUCCCUCCUUCACAACCGGCAGAGGCGUCCCAAGCAUGCUGUACAUAAGGCCCGCCCUAUCGUGUUUGAGGACGACGUGACAACCCGCGUGGGAGGAGGACCGCCGGCCCCCGGCCCGCUGACCCUCGCCCGCUCCGUCCCUCGAGGCAGCGUGUUCUCGUCCUUCGUCAGGGAGCACCGCCUCGCUGCCAGGGAGCUCUGUGACUACCUCAUGCAGGCCACCAAUGUGAGGGAGCUGAGCCUGAUGGCUGAGGAGGUCCGCAGAGAGCUCAACGAGAAGCUCUUCAUCUACGCCGUGUCCUUCGUGAUCCUGAGGAAGCCGGAGAUGAGGGCCAUGCGUCUCCCCAGCAUCGUGGAGGUGUUCCCAUCCUGCUUUGUGCCACGGACCACCCUGGCCAUCAUGGAACAGCAGGCCCGGCAGCCCUCCACCACAGGCCAGGAUGUCAUCAUAACAGAGUACGGCCCGGAGUUCUCCAGCACCCACCUCAAGCCGGAGCACCGUGUGGCCUACUGGCGCGAGGACUAUGGCAUCAACCUCCACCACUGGCACUGGCACCUCGUCUACCCUCUCGACAUGGGCGUGGACAGGGACCGCAAGGGGGAGCUCUUCUAUUAUAUGCACCAGCAGAUGCUCGCCCGCUACGACAUGGACCGGCUCAGUGUUGGCCUGAACCGCGUGGAGAAGCUGGCCAACUGGCGCAUGCCUAUCCCUGACGGCUACUUCUCCAAGCUGACCCUGGACAACUCGGGUCAGGUGUGGGGCUCCAGACAGGACGGCACUCUGCUGCAGGAAUACCGCCGGAAUGAGUUCAUGCUGGAGCCUUUUGAUGUGACUGACUUGGAGCAGCACCACAGCAGACUCAUGGAUGCCAUUCACCAGGGGCACCUAAUUGAUCGUGAAGGCAAGCGGGUGAGGCUGACAGACGAGGGCGUGGCUCCCAACAGGCGGGGAAUCGUCCUGCUCGGGGAUGCCCUCGAGGCAGACGCCGGUCUCAGCGUCAACAGUCCCUUCUACGGCGACCUCCACAACUCGGGCCAUGUCAUCAUUGCAGCGGCCCAUGACCCGGACAACGCUCACAGGGAGAACCUUGGCGUCAUGUCAGAUACCUCCACAGCCAUGAGAGAUCCCGUGUUCUACCGCUGGCACAAGUACAUUGAUGACCUGUUCCAGGAGUACAAACUCACGCAGCCGCCCUAUACCAUGGAGCAACUGUCCGUGCAGACAGUGACGGUGGCAGAAGUGGAGGUGGAGUGUGCAGGCCGCAAGAACACACUCACCACUGGCUGGAACACUCGGGACUUCGAGGCGAGCCGCGGACUGGACUUCAAUUCCAGUAUUCCGGUGAUGGUGCGGCUAACCCACCUUGAUCACCGCCCCUUCAGGUAUAACAUAAAGGUGGAGAACAAUGAAAAAGUAGCCAAGGACGUGACCGUCCGCAUCUUCAUGGCUCCAAAGUUAAACGAGCGAGGCAUCAGGAUGAACAUUAUGGAGCAGCGCCUCCUGUGGGCCGAGAUGGACCGCUUCAAGCACACAUUGAAGCCAGGCACAAACACGGUCAGUAGGGAGUCAACAGCCUCCUCCAUCACAAACCCUAACGACUUUACCUUCCGGGACCUUUCAAACCUGCCAGUACCUGACAAUCCAGGAGCCCCCGAGAAUGACCUGUUCAACUUCUGUGGGUGUGGCUGGCCUCAACACAUGCUGCUGCCUCGUGGUAAGCAGGAAGGGAUGGACUUUCAGCUGUUUGUCAUGGUCACUGACUGGAAACUGGACAAGGUCGCACAGCCAGCUGGGAGGCGCUCGUGUGCCAAUGCUGCCUCUUUCUGUGGCGUCCUGGACGCCCUCUACCCUGAUGCACGUCCCAUGGGCUUUCCCUUCGACCGCCGCCCCAUGCCGAUGCUGAAUGGCCAGAGCCUGGAUAGAGCCGAGGACCUGACCAGACUGAGUAACGUGGCCAUGCAGGAGAUCCAGAUCGUCUUCACCAACGCCCAGCUGAAGGAGCAGUGAACAUUGCAGUGGUUUCCUGUUUCAGGUGAAUCCUGAAAAAAAUAUGAUGUUAAAUCAAUUAUAAUUAUGAAUGGAUUCGUAUUGCAGUUGUUAACUUUAGAGUAUAUUUUGCUAUAUAACCAUUAUUACAAGAUAAAUCCCGUAUUUGACGGCUUAUAAGACGCACUUUUUUCCAGAAAAAAAGACCCAGAAAGUCACCAUUCGUCUUAUAAGGUGAAGGUUCAGUUUUUGUUACCAUUCUUAAGCCUCAAACUCUCGUAACCUACACAAAUAAUGAUGGAAAAUUAAAAGAGUUAUUAAUUGAUGUUUCUUUGUUUUUUGCUGUAGUUAUCGGUCGGAAACUAAGAAAAAAUCCAAUGCGAUGAGUACGAUAGUUUAGCAAAACUGCACUCAGUCCGUGGCAUCAGUGUUUACUGAUCCCUUGAAAGGUAAGAAUGCUGCAAUGCUCGUCUUCCACCCCGCCAUCAAGUAUUAGUGAAUUCUCGUCUCUCCCCUUUGUGUUAAUAUUCAUAUGUAUAUCCAUAUACAUCCAGUAUAUUAUUAAUUAAUUUGAGUGUUUCCUGGGCUCUUGGAAGGUCCGUUUGUGACUGUUCCCGGCGGUACGCCCGCACGAACUUUAUAUGUACCCGUUACCCCUCUACCACUGUUGCCGUCUCCGCCAUGUUUGUUUACUCCUCAAAGCAGUAGCCUCGAUUCUCUAAGAAGGACCAGUUCUGGCAGGUCCCAGUAAGUAUCAAGCAUCUUAAAUGUAAAAUAUUGGGAUUUAGGGCCGCUUUUACAGUCACUUUUCUUUGUUUUGGUCGUUACCAAUGAGAGCCAAUCGCCGCUAUAGUACGUAUUUCCACGUGAAACUGGGCGAUGCGGUAGUGGCAGCUGCGGGGUUAGCCCCGCUCUGCACCUCGCCACACACACUCAACACCUCUUGCUUCCUCUUCAGCCGACAUUACCCCAUCAGCCAGUUUCACUUGGAAAUACUGUGCCACUCAUAGGUAACGAUCAAAACAAAAAAAGUGACUGUGAAAGCGGCCCUUAGUAAGGAUCAGAAUACAUAGAAACUUUAAAAAUAACCCGUUAGUGGUGAGGGCAACGACUGCCAGGCAAAAAAUCUUCACCAGAAAUUCGUAGUUUAAACCCGUUUAUUAUUAUUAUUAUUAUUUUUUUUUUUUCAAAUGACAGCCCAAGUUGGGGGUGCGUCUUAUAAGCCAGUGCGCCUUAUAAACCAUCAAAUACGGUACAUAUAUUUUUCAUUCAUCCUAAUUCAUAUUUCUGUGCACAAGUAUGAAUGUGCUGUCACUUCAACAGAAGCAAAUGGGAAGCAAUUUUUUCAUAAAUAUUAUCCAUUAUGCAAUGUACUUGGGUGUGCUGUCUCAAAUAAAAUUGUCAGUAAUA